CGGAGCCCGGGCAUUGUGGCAGCGCCGGAGCCUGGCGACAGAGCCAGGCUGAGCUGGCAGCCACCCACGACCCCACUUCCCUGCUAUGAUGGCCCGCCUGUAGCAGGUUACAGAACCCCCGCGGGCAUGUAGGCAGAGUAGCGGCAGCCAGGUGCGUAGAGCCACAAGAGCUCUAGGGCACUCUGGGGGCAGUUCUGCCUGCUGCGCUCUCUGGUGCGGGGAAUGCCCAACUGCCAGGCGAGCUGUUAAGGAUAAGAACGUUCCCUUUUGGCCCGAGUCCGCUGCAUCCAUGGCGCUGCUGGCCAGUCUGGUGCUCCUGUGCUGCUUGGCACUUCUGACGCUGCCAGCCCAGAGCUGCGGACCGGGCCGGGGGCCGGUUGGCCGGCGCCGCUAUGUGCGCAAGCAGCUUGUGCCGCUGCUCUACAAGCAAUUUGUGCCCAGCGUGCCCGAACGGACCCUGGGCGCCAGUGGGCCAGCCGAAGGUAGGGUUGCCAGGGGCUCCGAGCGCUUCCGGGACCUGGUGCCCAACUACAAUCCUGACAUCAUCUUCAAAGAUGAGGAGAACAGUGGCGCAGACCGCCUGAUGACCGAGCGAUGUAAGGAGCGAGUGAACGCGCUGGCCAUUGCUGUGAUGAACAUGUGGCCGGGAGUGCGCCUACGGGUGACUGAGGGCUGGGAUGAGGACGGCCACCACGCUCAGGACUCACUCCACUACGAAGGCCGUGCCUUGGACAUCACCACGUCUGACCGCGACCGCAACAAGUAUGGAUUGCUGGCGCGCCUGGCAGUGGAAGCCGGCUUCGACUGGGUGUACUACGAGUCCCGCAACCACGUCCACGUGUCGGUCAAAGCCGAUAACUCCCUGGCGGUCAGGGCGGGAGGCUGCUUUCCGGGAAAUGCCACCGUGCGCCUGCGGAGUGGCGAGCGGAAGGGGCUGCGGGAACUGCAUCGCGGAGACUGGGUGCUGGCGGCAGACUCCGCGGGGCGGGUGGUGCCCACGCCGGUGCUGCUCUUCCUGGACCGGGACUUGCAGCGCCGCGCCUCUUUUGUGGCUGUGGAGACCGAGAGGCCCCCCCGCAAGCUGUUGCUCACACCCUGGCACCUGGUGUUCGCCGCCCGAGGGCCGGCGCCCGCGCCAGGCGACUUUGCCCCGGUGUUCGCGCGCCGGCUGCGCGCAGGGGACUCGGUGCUGGCGCCCGGCGGGGACGCGCUGCGGCCGGCGCGCGUGGCCCCGUGGUGGCUCGAGAGGAAAGCCGUGGGGCGUGUUCGCGCCGCUCACCGCCGCAUGGGGACGCUGCUCGUCAACGACGUCCUCGCCCUCGUGCCUACGCGGGGGCUGGAAAAGUCACCAAGUGGGCCCACCGGCGCCUUUUGCUUCCUUUUGCGCCUGCUGCACGCGCUGGGGGGCCGCUGCUUUCCCGGGAGGGGCCGGUCCCAGCCCGACGGGCCAUGGCACUGGGUACUCCCAGGGUUCCUCCUACUGGUUUGGCGGAAGAAGCUGGCUUGGGCUGGAGCGUUUCUAGACUUUAGUAACCCUCGAGGCCACCCCGCCGGAACCAGGGGUCUUCUCAAGCUUUAA